CUUCACCACUUCCCGACUACAAUCGCAUCUACUUGCGACAAAGCGCGGCACCAACAGAGACUACAUUACUUUGUCGCUGUAGUAAGCGGCAUACUGGAAGUGUACGCGCAUCACCAUAUCGCCAUAAGCUCGCAUCCCUUACACGUCAUUGCCUACCUCUGACGCAGCUGUUUAUAGCAUAGGCUCCCACCACAAGGCUCUCUUCAACAGUCAAUAAAGUGUAUCUUCGAGAAGAUCACCUCUUGAAGCUAAAUCGAGAACAAGAGCCCCCAAACCAUCAGACUCAGGCCAUUGUCGGACGUACGCUGCCGGAAAGCUAUUCCCUAAGUGCCCUUCGAGACGAUCCUUCUCCCUCAGUGCCCUGCCGAACAUAGUGGCCGCCAUUAGCAUGACACCCAGAGCACGCUGAAGGAGUCUGGGAGCUGGCAAAUUACAGUUGCGCCAGCUACAUUGGCUUUGGUCAAGCCUCCCUUGUCAGAAUCAAUCGCGAUGAACGGGUAUGGACGAUCUGGCCAGGGCGAUGGACCCAAUGGACGUCCAAGUCCUGAUCCUCGGAGGGGCUUGUCGCCUGGUCUUCCGAAUGGGGCUUCUUCCAUGAGCAUCAAUCGAGCUGAGCGAUUUGAGGACGAGAAACGCCGACUUAUGGAUUCGUGUUUCUCAAAAAUGGAUCCCAACGGGCAAAUUGCGGAAUCAUACAUAACUCAUAUUCGUGUCCAAGAAGAUGGUGCAUAUCCUCAAAGUCCUCCGCCGCCAGAGUCACCACCGAGUAACAAGAAACCAAGAGUUAUAAUAGUUGCCGUCAAGAACACUGGUCGCGUGCGGAUGCACAAAGCUAGGGAAAACUCCAACGGAUCUUUUUCGAUUGGAAAAUCGUGGGGACUGGAGGAAUUGUCGACACUUCAAUCAUAUUCGCAUAUCAACCCUCAGACUCCAGAGGAGAAGGAUCACAAGCAAUGGGCCGGCGAUGUGGGGUUUCUGGUCACAAUGACAAAACCGUACUAUUGGCAGGCUGGAACUGCAAAGGAGAAAGAGUUUUUCAUCGCCAGUGUUGUCAAAAUUUUUCGCAAGUACACCCAGGGAAAGGUUCCCGAACUCCUAGGUUUUAGUCCUGUGGAGAUAGACGCAAUGCUAGGAGGUGUAGGCGCUCAGCAGGGGAAUCGUCAAGCCUCUCAGACUAGACCAGGGCAGAGACCCCCAGGAUCAUCAGGUGGUAGUCCUGGUCGUCAGCCACCCGUUCGUGCAUCUCCAGAUCUCUCAAACACGCAAAAUCAGCAAGCCCCACCCCGUCGAGUACGUCCACCGCCGUCGGGACAUGAUGAGAGGUCGCCGAGAAUCCCUCCGGAACCGUCUCAAAUGUCACCUCCAUUGGCACCUGGUAGAGACCCUACACGGCAGCCCAGGCCACGGCAGCUUCAGGAGCAAGCCAUGAGGCCAUCCCCAAGUCAAGAUCAGCUAGGGAGAUCCCCGAUACCACCUCAGCUACUUGCAGCACAACGGCUGACGCCCCAAUCUUCUCGUUCAGAUUUAGAACCGCAGCGCUCCAUUACGCCUGAGAGCAUGUCCUCCACACCGAGUAUACCUCCACGGGGAAGUCCCGAUGCUCGUAAAGGUCGGCCAAACGAUUCAUCAGAGAACUUGAAUGGAGGCCUCGGAGGUCGCUUCAGAAAGGAUGCUUCACCUGACAGUCAACGGCCAUCUACAGCUCAGAGUGGUUCCAGUAUACCUCCUCCCAGAAAUGAGGAUCGACUGGAACCACGGCCACUCAAUGGACUCCCAGAACGUCGACGUCCUACCAUAUCUGGACCUAUGAGCAAUGAUUCUAUUAGCUCGAACCGUGAGCACUCCACCGAAAAGACAUCCACGACUACGGAAAGUCCAGGACCACCACCUCGGAGACGAGGUAUAAACGAGACUGCUUCAGGUGCAAGCCAAGAAACUAUAGAACCAGAGAAAGUACCUGCUCCUGAGAAUGGAAGUUAUUUCCCUGCUAUGGAUUCACAAAGGAACGAUACAUCAAAAUCCACCGCCUCAGAGCUCGAGCGAUUGCCUACUUCAGCCUCAGGCUCUAAAGAGGAUCAGCAAGAUUUGGCCUCGCCACCAUUGGCAUCUCCAAACUCUAUGAAAUCUCCCACCGAUGAGAAAAACGAGUCAGUUCGACCAGGACUGGGUCCUAUGGUUAAAAAGAAGACUGCUGGUGAUAUACUCAGGAAAGCGGCUCAGACCUAUGGCGCUUUCAAACCCCGUGCUGGGGGUGCUGCGGACCGAUUUGCGCCCAAAACAGCUUCGAACGAACCUGAUGGUAUAACUGGUGUCGUUCCAGCUCCGUCUAUGAAAAGUCCUACGCCUUCGGCCGUUACCACGCCGAUUGACAGCCCUACCGUCGAAACGCCGAAGCAAUAUGAAAAACCAGAGCCCCCGAAGCCAUCCGUGAGCACGGAUGCUGUACCGCAGCUUACAGUAUCGAGUCCCCAGUCCCCAGGGCCGCGACCAGAAAUGACAUUGCCAUUACAGCCACAAGUAGUACCUGAGCCAUCCCCUAGUCCAGAAAAGAAGAAGCCAGAGCCAGAGAAGAAGAAGAGAAGACGGUCUAUGCAACAAGUUCGUUAUCUUGACAACCUAGGUGUAGACGCAUCUCUCCUAGAGGGUCGAGGUCUCGAUUUUGAGCAAACCCUGACCGACUUCGGUUGGGGUAACAGCGCUGUACAAACAAAGAAAAUUGAGCUUAUAGAAGCAGAUAUCCGCAGGGAACUUGGUCGUGUCGAAGCAGGGAGUUGGCUCGGGCAUCUUGAGCAGAAAGACGAUCGUGUCGAGACUGUUGAGAAACUCCUUGACAAAGCAAUUGCCGAGUGUGAGGAGAUGGAGGGCCUACUGACGCUGUACAGCGUUGAGCUAAGUAGUCUCAACGACGAUAUCGCAUAUAUUGAAGCCCAAGGCCAAGGUCUACAGGUUCAAACUGCGAACCAAAAGCUUCUUCAGACCGAACUACAGCAGCUAGUUGAUACACUGUCCAUCACCCCAGGUCAGCUUGAGGCCCUUCGGCGAGCACAACUCGGUAAGACCGAAGGCUUGGAAGCUGUUGAAUCUGCUCUGCUCUUGCUGUACAGGGCUAUGAGAACUAUAGAUCCGUCGCUACGGCACGAUAGCCCUAUGAGUGAUGCCAUCGAUUCCAACAAACGACACUCGGCAUUUGGCAUCAAUGAAAUGGGAAAUAUGCGUGCUUUAAUAGAGAAGCGCGAGAGCUACGAAGAUGAAAGCACGAUCUUCUUGGAGAGACUCAAGCAAUUCCUCGAUAUGACAUUCGGCGCAGCGCUCUUAGAAACCAUGGACGAAAUCAAGAGGCUCAAUUCAGAUCACGCAAAAAUCAACACAAAACUUGAUAUUGGAGCUCAUGACAGAGCUCGCGUCGGUCUAUGGCAGUACAGCCCAUUACUUCUGUUUGCCAAGGAGGUCGAUCGAGCAGCUUGGGAUGUCCUCGUCAAGCUGUACCGGCAAAGAGCAGGCCCUGUCUAUCAAGAGGAAAUGCGUGACAACAAUUCUGCUUGGCGAAAAAAGGCGCGCAAGCCAACUGGGGAGGAGCAAGACCUCCUUUUCACGACUCCACAGGAGAAAGAAAAUGAAAGUCUCUCGACAACAGCUCGGAAGCUCACCGUAAAGCGGAGCCAGACCCUCGCCAAAGGACUGCGCUCAAGUCACCAUGAUCGAAAUAUUGAUAAGCAAUCAGACAAGCUCUGGCCGUACCAAUCAUUCAGUGGCGCGCUUGAUGAGAUGGCACCUCUCAUAUUCACAGAGCAGAACUUCAUUGUUGACUUCUUCCAUGCCACAGCUGCAGAAAACGCCGACUUCGCGGAAAUAGUUUCGACAAUACCUCUAGAGGCACGGCGAGGGACUAAUUUGUAUGAACGAAAGCCUUUCGAGCCUGACCGUGACAUGGCGAAGCGAGUCAUGGAUGUAAUGGAUGAUAUUUUCUCUUUCUGGGCUACGGAUAUGCAAUCUCUCAUGGAAUGGGCAGUGAAGAUUGACCCUUUACAAGGUGUGGGCAUUCUUUAUGCUGUUCAGCGUAAGCUGGCCGAAUACGAAGAGACCAAUCAAGAUUUCUUGACACGCACGCUGCAAAAGCUGAACGAACGAUUGAGCGGUCUAUUUCAGAGAUUUGUAGAUGACCAAAUUCGUGCCAUCGAAGACACGAAGGUCAAGAUCAAGAAGCGGAAAGGCGUCAUAGCAUUCAUGAAGACGUUCCCUCCUUUCUCAAUGGCCAUCGAAAACAUGGUCCCUGCCUACGACGAGCAUGACCGACUGGAAGUUCGUACCAUGGUUGACGAUGCAUAUGGUAAAGUCAACAAGGCCAUGUUCGAGAGUUUGAAGGUCAUUGCAAAAGAUAGCCCUGCCGUGAUGGCCGUGCAAGGUCAGGGUGAUCCAGAAGAUAAGGAGGCUCUAAACUACCAUAUCCUACACAUCGAGAACAUGAACCAUUACAUUGAAGAAGUCGACGAGCGCGGCGAUCCCGUUCUGAUGGAAUGGCGCGGCAAGGCCAUGAAGGAAAUGGACGAGCACAUGAGCCUCUACGUCGACGCCGUCGUCCGCCGCCCUCUCGGCAAACUCAUCGAAUUCAUCGAAUCAACCGAAGCAAUGCUCGUUGCCCUGCCCUCCGGCACACCACCCACCAGCAUCGCCGACCGCGCCUCUCACGGCAAACACAUCUUCAAGAAAGUCAUCGCCCAGUUCGACGCAAAAGAAGUCCGCAAAGGCGUCGACGCCCUGCGCAAGCGUCUCGAGAAGCAUUUCGGCGAUGCUGACGAGCCGGGCCUGAGCCGCAACCUCGUCCAGAAGGUCUCGAAGCAGUGCGAGGCAAAGUACAUUGAUGUCCAUGAGCGCGCGGCCGAGGUGCGCAGGAUUGUGUAUGAUUCUGAGACGGGACUGGAGUUCUCGCGUGCCGAUGUCGAGAGUUGGUUUCGCAGGUAGUUAGCUGGAGAAAACGGAGGGGGCGCGGGGAGGGGGUGUUUCGUCUUCCUGUAUAUAGUAUAUGUUGGGAUACUUAGCUGUGGGUGUGUGUUCGCGUUCGCGUGUAUGUCUGUAUGUACCGUGCGUGGUAUGUCGAGAAUGCAAUGCGAUAAGUGUUCACCAUCUUCAUUCUCCUCAUCCUCCUCCUCGUCAUUAUCACUCACUAUACUCACUCCCUCACUCACUCACUUGGAUUCGCUGGGUUUUCUGGUGGUGCGUAAGCUAAGGAAUAUUCGAGUGGGAUGGGAUUGAAUAUGGUUGUGGCAUGGGGAAUCUGGUCUUAUAUGCUUCAUAUACUGGCGGGCGAGAAUUGUGAGAAUACCGCUUUGGGAAGUCAAGCGAUAGUGUAUGCCAGACAAUCGAUAAGGCAGAGAUAUGUAUGGGCAGGACGAGCACAAGAGGGAACAAACAAAAACAUCCGCACACAAGACCGACGGGCCUAAAAAGCACAAUCUUAUAC